AUGCGUGAGAGCAGGAGACUCUGCUGGUGCUCGUGUGGGCUCUCCUGGUAGUACUGUCAGUGUUAACGACUCGGAGGAAGGAUGGGGACGAGGUGUAGCUCUACCAUGGUCACGUGAAUGUGGAUGAAUAGGUGAAGCGAUGUGAAGAUGUAAGACAGAGGAGGCACGUAUACACGUGCAGUUAGACGCGACUGGGCGCUUGGACCCAUCUUCACAUGCCUCGGUUCGGCUGAGGGAAGGCUUAAUGCCGAGCGAGCAUUGAACGAACACUCUUGCUCUUCCUCCUCCUCCACAUCCUCCUCCUCCUCCUCCUCCACCACCUCCUCCCAGAUUCUACACCGCCACCCACAAUGUCCACCGCUCUCACCUCCCGCACCGCUUUACGGGCUUCGGGCCGCUACGUGUGCCAACAAUGCCGCGCCUUCAGCCUCUCGCAGCGAACAUUGGCGGAAGCUCAAGCAGCGGAGGUGAAGAAGCUCGGGGUGGUGGGCGCGGGCCAGAUGGGUCUCGGCAUCGCCCUCGUCGCCUCCCGCAUGGCCAAAGUGCCCGUCGUCGUCGUCGACAACUCCCAGAAGAGCCUCGACAAAGGUUUGGCGUUUGCGGACAAACUCCUCUCCAAAGACGUCAGCAAGGACAGGAUCUCCCAAUCCGACGCCGAUGCCACCCGCUCCCGUCUCACCCCGACCACCAAGAUGGAUGACCUGGGUGAUGUGGACAUGGUCAUUGAAGCCGUGCCCGAGAUUGUCGACCUUAAAAGGUCCAUCUUCACCCAAUUAGCCCAGGUCUGCCCACCGCACGCAGUGCUAGCGACCAAUACCUCCUCCAUCUCCAUCACCCUCCUCGCCCGCGCAACUUGCCCACCCGACAACGCCACCGACUUGAGCGCAGCCAGCAGGGUCAUAAGCACGCACUUCAUGAACCCCGUCCCCGUCCAAAAAGGCGUAGAAAUCAUCUCCGCCUUGCAAACCUCCCCCACCACGCUCGCGACCGCCCUGGCCUUCUGCCGCGCAAUGGGCAAGAUUCCCUCCGUCUCCGCCGACUCGCCCGGCUUCCUCGCAAACCGCAUCCUAAUGCCGUACAUCAACGAAGCAAUCAUCUGUCUCGAGACCGGCGUGGGAGACGAAGAGAGUAUAGAUGGGAUUAUGAAGAACGGAACGAAUGUGCCCAUGGGUCCCUUACAACUUGCAGACUUCAUCGGAUUGGAUACGUGCUUGAGUAUCAUGGAGGUGUUGCAUGGGCAAUUAGGGGACAGCAAGUACCGGCCUGCUGUUCGCUUGAGGUUAAUGGUGCAGGCGGGGUGGUUGGGCAAGAAAAGUGGGAGAGGGUUCUAUAAGUAUUGAAGAGCACAUCCAUCACGAAGUACUGUAAGUCUUGGUGGCAUUCAAAUCGCAAACGGCCGAGGUAAUCCACUGGGCCACGCCUCAUUAUUAAAAUCGAUUUCUGGAUCUCACUGAAGCCUUGAGAAAGUAUUGCUUCGCAAAAAGUACACUUGCGGGCCUCAAGAUAGGCCGGGCGGAUUGGUCGGAAAGCAAAAU